AUGACACCGCUAGGCUGCCUGCUGCCAAUGUUGUCCAGGUCUCCCAGGACAGUGUCUUGGGGCUACGAGACCUACUGCAGGCCAGUCAAACUGAGGCAGAAGGAGAGUGAGAGCCCUCAGGAGAAUAGGGCCAUGAUUAAAGCUGCAGAGAUUGGAGAAACAUCAUGGGAGCUGUCUGUGCAGGUGGAUCAAAAACAGGGGGAUGAGUCCAUGAAAUUUAAACUAAGGGUGAAGGGAGACUUGCACAUUGGAGGACUCAUGCUUAAGUUGGUGGAGAAAAUCAAGGCUCCUCAGGACUGGUCAGACCACGCACUGUGGUGGGAGCAGAGAAAGUGCUGGCUGCUCAGGACACACUGGACUUUGGAUAAGUAUGGAAUUCAGGCUGACGCUGACCUGCGCUACACGCCCCAGCACAAACCCCUGCUGCUGCAGCUUCCCAAUAUGAAAACCAUCAAAAUGACCGUCUGCUUCUCCAGCAUGGUCUUUAAGGCGGUGGCAGAAAUCUGCAAUGUAUUGAACAUAAGGAGAUCGGAGGAACUGUCCCUGCUCAAGCCUCCAGAUGAUCCCUCCAAAAAGAAAAAGAAGAAAGAGAAGAACUCACCUCAAGAUGACAUCUGGGACAUCUGGGAUUUACUUAACAGGGGUCAAGGAGGGACAGGCCCCAUGUACAGUAAGACGAUGACAGCAACCUAUGACCCAGAGAACGGGAUGCCAAUGUCUGCCACCAGCCUCUGGUUUGGAGAAAACCCACUGGCUGAAAGUCAGCCAAAUCUGCCUCCUGCUGAGCUGGUGAAGAUGUACCAGCCUCUGUCUCUAGUGGACAAAGCAGUCAACAACGCAGGGUGGUUGGAUUCAUCUCGUUCCCUCAUGGAACAAGACAUUCAGGAUGAUGACAAGCUGUUGCUCCGCUUCAAGUACAAUGUCUUCUUCGAUCUUAAUCCUAAAUAUGAUGCUGUCAGGAUAACACAGCUAUAUGAACAGGCACGGUGGUCCAUCCUGUUGGAGGAGAUUGACUGCACUGAUGAAGAAAUGCUGAUGUUUGCUUCAAUACAGUAUCACAUCUGCAAGCUGACUAUGUCGAGUGAGCCACUGGACCAUUCCAAUGAACCAGAAGUUGAUGAAGUAGAGGCAGCGCUGUCUAACCUGGAGGUGACACUCGAAGGCGGUCACACAGACAAGAUUCUGGAAGACAUUACAGACAUUCCGAAACUGGCGGAUACCCUCCGGCUGUUUAGACCUAAGAGACUGACCCUGAGACCAUACAAAGAGUACUGGUUUGUAUUCAAGGAUACCACCAUCUCUUACUAUAAGAACAAGGAGUCGUCCAAUGGAGAGCCAAUAGAGCAGCUUCACCUCCGAGGCUGUGAGGUGGUCCCCGACGUCAAUGUUACCGACAAGAAGUUUGGCAUCAAGCUCCUGCUCCCAGUUGCUGAUGGCAUGAAUGAGGUGUACAUUAGAUGUGACAAUGAAACGCAGUACGCCAAGUGGAAAGCUGCAUGCAUCCUCGCCUCAAAGGGCAAGACGAUGGCCUACAGCUCUUACAAAUCAGAAGUGCGGAAUAUCCAAUCCUUUCUGCAAAUGAAGAGCCUGGCUCCCCCUCCUGGCCAAACAGCCCCUGACAUUGACACUAUGGAGAUGAAUGCUGAAUGUUUUGUCUCUCCACGAUACAGCAAGAAGCACAAGACCAAGCAGCUGACUGCACGAAUCUUGGAGGCCCAUCAAAACAUAUCACAGCUGUCCCUUAUGGAGGCCAAGAUGCGCUUUAUCCAGGCCUGGCAGUCACUUCCAGAGUUUGGCAUCAACUACUACAUUGUCAGAUUCAAAGGUAGCAAAAAAGAUGAAAUUCUGGGAAUUUCAUGUAACCGCCUGAUUCGUCUUGACAUGUCCUCUGGCUUGCCCAUCACAACAUGGAGGUUUGCCAACAUGAAGCAGUGGAACGUAAACUGGGAGAUAAAACAGGUCACGAUAGAAUUUGACCAAAAUGUGACAAUAGCUUUCUGCUGUGUGAGCUGCAACUGCAAGGUCGUCCAUGAGUUCAUCGGCGGGUACAUCUUCCUCUCCACACGAUCUAAAGACCAGAACGAAACUCUAGACGAAGAAAUGUUCCACAAACUUACAGGAGGCCAAGAAUGACCAAAGAAAAAACAGCAACUCCAUCUUCUACUGCUUUCCUUGUUUAGUUUUGACAUGUAAUGGUGCAAAAGAACUGCAUCAGCAGCCAUAAACUCAGUUCCAAGAAGAGUAAACUCUGUAGUGGUCACAUAUAGAACUAACACAGUUUUGCUUACAGGAAAAUAUCUUAAUUUGUUUUUACCAUUGCAUAUACAGAAGAUAAUGGCUUUGUAAAUAUGUAGUUAAUAUCUGUUUCUUAAAUCUUAGUUAUCUGGCAGAAGUUGGCCUUUGUACUAAGAAAAAAAUUCCUUAACUAAAGCAAUAAAGAAAAAAAAUAGCAACAAAAAAAACUUGUUUCCUCUUUAGAUUUUAUAUGAUCGCCAAAUUGUGAUAAGCUUUAUAUAAAAAGUAUAAAUAAAAAAAACAAACAUGAAACAUGUUUUGAGGAUGUGGCUUUUC